CCAAGUAAUUUCAGAAGCCGUCUUCAAGCCUUAUGAGUAGCUACUCGUUGCUCCGUCGAGUCCAGGCUUAUGAGCUAAGCAAUUGGCUACCGUUAACGGCGGAACUCCGACGAUCUAGCUGAGAAUCUCGCCUGGAUCGAAGGCGGAGCUCCAAGGACAAGCUAUAAAGGAGGAAGAGAAUGGCGGGAGCGUUAAUUGGUGGCGCGGGAUUGGGCGUUCCAUUUAACGAGCUGGCGGCCAUCUUGAAGAAAUUUGGCGAAAGGGCGAUGAACUUCGAUCCUGUUCUCAAGGAGAUCCAAUCCAAGGUAAAUACCAUAAUUCCUCUGGUUGCGGAAAUAGAGGAGCUUAAUGAAGCCCUGGAGUAUCCAAAAGAAGAAUUGGAGAAUUUGAAAAAGACAUUAGAAGUUGCCAAAAAGCUAAUUCCUCGGUGUGUCGGAUUGUGGAAGUAUAAUUAUCUAAGGAAGUCAGAUUACACAAAGAAGCUGCGUGAGUUGAACUCCGAAAUUGGAAGUUUCAGGGACAUUUUGUUGAUUCAAACGGCUAGAGACGGGAAGAAGACCAUGAAAUUAGCGUCUGAAAUCAAGGACGUCGUUCACAGGAUUGAUAGCAAGUGUGAAAUAAUCAACACGGUGGAUUUAAGUGUGGCAGUUCCUGAGAUUGAAGGAGAAUGUGUUGGAUUGGAAAAGCCAGUUGAGAGAUUAAAGACGAAGCUCUUCAAAGAUGGGGUUCGAUUGUUGGUAGUGACUGCUUACGGAGGUUGUGGAAAAACCACUCUGGCCGUAAGGUUUUGUCACGACAAGCAAGUCAAAAAUAAAUUUCAGAAAAACAUACUUUUCCUCACUGUUUCAAGCAAACCAGAUACGAAACUUAUCUUAAAAUCUAUAAUUCAAAGCCUCGGGAGGUUUGUAGUAUCUGAUUCUGUAAACGACGAUGAGGCAUUCCGGCAUUUAGAACAACUGAUGGGUCAAUCGAGUCGAAAUCCUGUAUUGUUCGUGUUGGAUGAUGUUUGGGAAGGUCCUGAAUCAAAUAAGCUUCUUGAAAAGUUCUCGCGAAUGCCUAACUGCAAAAUUUUGGUCACCUCUAGAAACAAGUUUCCUGCAUUUGGUGAGCCAUAUGCUUUGGAACCUUUGAGCGAUGAGGAUGCUAAGGAGCUGUUCCGUCGUGCGGCAUCGUUGGAUAACAGAACACGACAGUUCCCGGAUGAACAAAUUGUAGAAGCGAUAGUGAAGGGUUGUAAGAAAUGCCCACUUGCUCUGAAAGUGAUUGCAAGAUCACUUUCGGGUAGAACUGCACCGAUUUGGAAAGCUACCGAGAGGAACAUAUCUAGAGGAGAUUUUAUCCUGGGUUCUGAGGAAACGCUUCUGGAGUGCCUCAAAAGCAGCUUAGAUGCAGUCUCAGAUGACAAGAUGAUACUCAAGGAGUGUUUCAUGGACUUAGGUUCAUUUCCUGAAGACCAGAGAAUUCGUGUUGCUACGUUUAUUGACAUUUGUGCAGUGUUGUAUGAACAAGAUGAAUGCGAAACAUUGUCGAACCUUGAUGAGCUCUUCACCCGGAAUCUGGUUAACACUGUCUAUUUGAGAAAUGAAGCACAUGAAGACGAUUACUACAGCGAGUCCUACAUUACACAGCACGAUAUACUUAGACAGUUGGCGGUUCAUUUGACUAAUGAGCAGCGCAUAGACCAAAGAACAAGAUUGUUUGUGGAUAUUAGCAGAAAUGAAUUCCCGGAAUGGUGGUCUAAAAAAGAGAUGCAACCCGUGAAAGCCCGCCUUUUAUCCAUAACAACAGAUGAGAUGUUCUCAUCUUGUUGGCCUGACAUGGAAGCGCCUGAAGUUGAGGUAUUAAUUCUUAAUCCUGGGUCUAAAACUUACGAGUUGCCUGAGUUCGUGAAGCGAAUGAAUAGAUUGAAAGCUCUGAUAGUCAGGAAUUACAGGUCGUUUCCGACUGAAUUGACAAGUGGUUAUCAAGUAAUGAACUGUUUGUCAAGGCUAGAAAGAAUCAGUCUCGAGCGAAUUUCAAUUCCUUCUUUUAGUAACCAUAACCUGAAACCACUGUUACAUCUGAAGAAGCUAUCCUUCUUUAUGUGCAAAGUUGAUAGAGCUUUCACGAACUGCUCGAUCCAGAUCUCGUGUGUAUUGCCCAACUUGCGCGAGAUUUCCAUAGAUUUUUGCAACGAUUUUGUGGCUCUCCCUAUUGGACUAUGUGAAAUUGUGAAUUUGGAGAAACUGAGCAUUACAAACUGUCAUGAAUUAUCAUCGUUGCCUGAGGAACUUGGGAAGUUGAUUAAUCUAAAAACUCUAAGGCUUAGAUCUUGUAUUCAUUUGGAGAAGUUGCCUGAAUCAAUCUCAAUGCUCCAUGAAUUAGUGGAUCUUGACAUAUCUCAUUGUGUUGGCCUUACCAAACUUCCAGAUAAGAUUGGCAACUUGCAGAAGUUGGAAAAGCUUAAUAUGUGGAGCUGUCCUAUCAUACGCAAGCUUCCAGCAUCACUAAGAAAUCUAAAAAACUUGAGGAGUGUAGUUUGUGAAGAGGAGAUAGCAAAGUGGCUUGAUAUUGUCUCACCUCGGCUUCGAAAUCUCGUUACAGAACACAAGGAAGAAGUCAACUUGGAUUGGCUAUUAGCAUGACUGCUU